AUGGGGAAGCUCGACGAUAACGAGAGGGUGAUCCUCAACGUCGGGGGCACCAGGCACGAGACCUACCGAAGCACCCUGAAAACGCUGCCGGGAACCCGGCUGGCUCUGCUCGCCUGCCAGCCCCAAGGCGAUUCCCCUGGCGGCGGAGAGGAGCACCACCAGCCGCCGCUUCUCCCCGCCCCCAACCCGGCCCCCAACCCUGGAGGUGGCGGCGGCGGCGGCCCCCUGGAUACUGUGGGCGGGAGCGGCUGGAGUUCGCGCGCCAAUGGCGUCGUCGUCGCACGUGGCGGGAGCGGCGCGUGCUGCGAAUUCUUCUUCGACCGCCACCCGGGGGUCUUCGCCUACGUGCUCAACUACUACCGCACCGGGAAGUUGCACUGCCCGGCCGACGUGUGCGGGCCCCUCUUCGAGGAAGAGCUGGCUUUCUGGGGCAUCGACGAGACCGACGUGGAGCCCUGCUGCUGGAUGACCUACAGGCAGCACCGCGACGCUGAGGAGGCGCUGGACAUCUUUGAGGCGCCCGACCUGAUCACCGGCGAGCCACCUGGCGACCCGGACGACGACGAGUUAGCAGCCAAGCGCUUGGGCAUCGAGGACGUGGGGGCUCUGGGCGCCUCCUCGUCUUCCUCUGCUAACGGGUCCCCUCUUGACGGAAACGGCGGCCGCUGGAAAAGGCUCCAACCGCGCAUGUGGGCACUCUUCGAGGAUCCCUAUUCUUCCCGCGCCGCCAGGUUCAUUGCUUUUGCCUCUUUAUUCUUCAUCCUACUCUCGAUUACCACCUUUUGCCUGGAAACCCAUGAAGCGUUUAAUACCAUCAAAAAUAAAACUGAACCUAUCAAAGGUUCAGUUCUGCAGUAUGAAAUAGAGACAGAUCCAGCUCUAACAUAUGUCGAAGGAGUCUGUGUGGUGUGGUUUACAUUUGAGUUUUUAGUCCGUGUUGUUUUUUCACCCAACAAAUGUGAAUUCAUAAAAAAUCUCUUGAAUAUCAUUGACUUUGUGGCAAUUUUGCCUUUCUAUCUAGAAGUGGGUCUGAGUGGGCUCUCCUCUAAAGCUGCUAAGGAUGUGCUUGGUUUCCUCAGGGUGGUGAGGUUUGUAAGAAUAUUGCGAAUCUUCAAGCUCACUCGACAUUUUGUUGGCCUCAGGGUGCUUGGUCAUACACUCCGUGCAAGCACCAAUGAGUUUUUGCUGCUGAUAAUAUUUUUGGCAUUAGGAGUGUUGAUAUUUGCCACCAUGAUCUAUUAUGCUGAGCGAAUAGGUGCCAAACCCAAUGAUCCAUCAGCUAGUGAACAUACAGAGUUCAAAAACAUUCCCAUUGGGUUUUGGUGGGCUGUGGUCACCAUGACUACUCUUGGAUAUGGAGAUAUGUAUCCAAAGACUUGGUCAGGCAUGCUAGUGGGUGCUCUGUGUGCUUUAGCUGGAGUGCUGACCAUAGCCAUGCCUGUGCCUGUUAUUGUCAACAAUUUUGGAAUGUACUAUUCUCUGGCCAUGGCGAAACAGAAGCUUCCAAGAAAGAGAAAGAAACACAUCCCACCUGCUCCUCAGGCAAGGUCCCCUACAUUUUGCAAGACAGACUUGAAUAUGGCCUGCAAUAGUACACAGGGAGAAGUCUGUCUUGGCAAAGACAACCGGCUGAUGGAACAUAAUAAAUCAGUGUUAUCAGGUGAAGACAGUACAGAAAGUGAGCAGCCAUUGUCACCAAUGGAAAGCCCCCCACCAAUCAGACGCUCUAGUACCAGAGACAAAAACAGAAGAGGGGGAACAUGUUUUCUACUGACAGCAGGUGAUUACCCAUGUGCUACUGAUGGAGGGAUCAGAAAAGGCUAUGAAAAAUCCAGAAGUUUAAACAACAUAUCUGGCAUGGCAGGCAAUGCCUUGAGACUGUCUCCAGUAAUCUCACCUUACAGCUCACCUUGUCUAAGACGCUCUCGAUCUCCCAUCCCAUCUAUCUUGUAA